AUGGCUGUCACUCCAGAAGGAAAGGAGAUGGGAUGUAGGCUGUUGUGGAUGGAAGGAUCAGUUAAUGCCCGGAGCGAUGGUAUUUUGGAGGAGGAUUCGAUUUAUAGAGUGGAUCACUGCAUACAUACAUACAUUUUAAAGAAAUUUUCGGGUGUUGUUGCUGCUGUUACCACCAGUACUGCUGCUACCGCUGCUGCUGCUGCUGCCGUUGCUGCCGUCUUUUGUAAAGUGGCAAGUCGUCGACACUUGCUGUAA